GGGCAAACAUACAAUCAAACAAAUAAACAAUAUCCUUCUAUUUUGCAUAUUUAUUAUUCUGAAUUUAUCAAGUCAGAGGUAGUAAAUUCCCUCUUAUAAUAAUAAAGAUAAUAAUUUACUAAACAGUAGUUGUUCAUACAAGUUUGAAACAAUGUCUGGAUUUACAGUUGCAGAUUUAAUUAAACCAAACCUAGAGUCAGUGAUGAUGAAUUCCUCUCAAGUUAUUCAGUCAAAUAAAGAUCCGAGAACAACGAAUAUUGGUGAAGAUGAUGACAUUGAAGGCAUGAAUGCAAAGAAGGAGAAAAAUACUAAAAAUGAUAUUCACGCUGCAUCAAAUUCUCUUCAAACUCCCAAAGAUCAACAUCGAAUAGGUUCAGAGGAAAAUGAUGCGUUGAAGAAAAGUACUAGUGAGAAUAAAUGCGUAAUUACUUCAUGUAGUUCGACUACUGUCAGUACAGAUUUGGAGUCAGCAACUGUUCCCAGUUUUUUAUCACCCACUGCAAACAUAAAUACUAUAAGUAAUCAAAAGGCUUCAUUACUUUCUUCUCCAAUUCUUUCCAAUUAUGUUAAUGACAUUAAACUUCGACCAUUGAUUCAGGCUUAUUCAGAGCCUUCUUUACUUGCUCCAUCUUUCCAGAAUGCCUCUUCUUCUUCUUCGUCUGAUGUUACUUUUAUUCCAACUAUUAUCUCAGCAUCAUCGCCAUUUUCUUCGUCUCCACCGCCUUCACUUUCACUUUCAAAUAACUGUACACCAGUGGAAUCUCAAUAUAGUAUUACUAACAGUAAUACAGAAGAACAAUUACAAAUUUUAUUAAAGUUACAUAAUUUAUUCGGUAUAAAUAUUACAGAGAAAUCAAAUUUAAACGAAAUGAACUCAAUAAAUUUCAAUCAAAUCAACAAUAAUAAUUUCAGUAAACACUUAUCACCUAAUAAUACUAUAUCAAAUACUAAAACAAGCUUACUUCAUUUAAAUGAUCUCAAUAAUUCAAUUACAAAUAUAAAUCCUGAGAUAAUUUCACCUUUUAACUCACCAUAUAUGAUGUCUGUUAUGAUGAAUAGUAUGCUGAACAAAGAACAAUCUGAACAGUUUUGCCUACCACCUGCGGUACCUCUUCAGCAGCAGCAGCAACAACAACAGCCAUUUUCUCAUCGGCUCAAUCAUCACCAAGAGCCACGACAAAAUUUUCCAUGUCAACAACCAGCAGUUGAUGUUAAUUCACAGAUGAAUUUGGCAACUCAAAGCCAACUGAUAGCAAACUUUUUGAAGUCACGUCUAUUAUGGGAUAAUAAUAAUAAUAAUGGUAAUAAUGUUAAUACUAUCAAUAAUAACAAUAAUGGUGGAAAAACGAUCUUUCAAGAUAUCAGUGAAUUGGUCAAACUUGACAAUACUAACUUACCGCUAAAUUGUUAUGAUCAUUUUAUCAAAGAUUCAAUACACAGAAAUGUUUUAAUUACAUCGGAUAACCGAAAACCAAAACGAAUACGUACAGCUUUUUCACCAUCUCAACUAUUCCAGCUAGAAAGUGCAUUUGAAAAGAAUCAUUAUGUUGUUGGACAAGAACGCAAAGAUUUAGCAAAUGAUUUAAAUUUAACUGAGACUCAGGUAAAAGUAUGGUUUCAAAAUCGGCGAACAAAAUAUAAACGUUUACAUACUGACGGUAAAGACGCUAUGAGCAACUCAAGUUCUAAGGAGAGAAGAUCAGCUUCUGAUGGUGAGGAUGAUGAUAUUGAUGAUCAUGAUAAUGAAGAAGAUGAAAAUGAAGGAGAUAUCGAACAAGAGGAGGGAGAAGACAGUUUCGAGGACUUGUCAUGCAAUCAUAAUCAACUCAGAGUGGAAUAUGACCAUGAAACAUUGGCGAAACAUUCAAAAACCGACUCACCAAACCAAAUAAGCAUUAAAGCCUUCGCUAUACAACAUAAUCAAUCUUCAAUGGAUAAUAAAGAUUUCAAUUUUACAGCUGACUGUCAAAGUCAGCAUAAUUUACUAAGGUCAAAUAACCUUUCUGAUAAUAAACAACUAAUUAAUGAUUUAUCCCAUAAUCCCAGUGGCAGGCUUAAGGCAAAACGUGCUUAUCCAAAAUGUGAAUGGAGCUCAUUUAAACAAAUUAGUAGCAAUUUAAAUACCGAAAACAGAUUGGAGACACAUCAUUUACCCGCAAAUCAGUCAAUCUUACAUUCAUCACAUAAUUUAUUACAUUCUGUUUUAGGACACAUAAAUCAAAUCAAAAAUGCACAUUAGAAACCUUUGAGAACUGAGCAGUUUGUUUAUCUAAUUUCCUAAUUUUUUGUCUUUAUACUAAUUAACUUCCUUAUAUCUUGUAUCUGUGUAAUUUAACCAUUCUACGUCUAGAUACAGUGAAUUAUUGACUUAAGAUCAUAGAUGACGUUCUUCUAGUUUUCUAGAACUAUGACAGAAAGAAAACAAGCUCGGGAUAGGUCAUCACGAAGACAUUUUGAUGAAAAUUGGUUACCUGUUUCAGCUUAUUCAAUCAUAAGUAAACAAAAUUCAUUGUGUUAAUGGGUUUAAAUCAUAUCAUUUUGUAUAAACUUUAAUCUGUACACUUUUACUAUUAUUAUUAUCACUGUCAUGUUGGAAAUAGUUUACUCCAUUUUAUCAAAG